CGUACCUGGCUGGAGCCGAGCUCGUGCGCGGGCAGGCGGCCGGCCGACCCCGGGCGUCGCUGGUCCCGGCAGCCCCGAAAUGCAAGCGGCAGCGGGGAGAUCGGCACUCAGCAAAUAAGAAGCGAGCCCUGGACCCGGAGGAGGAGGAGGAGGAGGAGCGGCCGAGCAUCCCUCUCCGGCUCCCGGGCGUCCUUUAAAUGAGGCCUCCCUGCCCAAGCCGGCGGCGGAUCUGCAGAGCCUCGCCCUGGGCGCGCGGCCCCUCGCUGCCAUCACCGACCUGUGCCAGCCACCUCUCCGCGCCCGGUACCUGUUCCCGGGCGGCUACCAGUCCUCGGAGCCUCUUUGUAUGCCGCAGACAUGGCCAGCCAGCAGGAUUCGGGCUUCUUUGAGAUCAGUAUCAAGUAUUUACUGAAAUCCUGGAGCAAUACCUCUCCUGUUGGCAACGGCUACAUCAAGCCUCCGGUCCCACCUGCUUCUGGCACGCACAGGGAGAAAGGGCCCCCAACCAUGCUACCCAUCAACGUGGACCCAGACAGCAAACCCGGAGAGUAUGUCCUCAAGAGCUUGUUUGUCAACUUCACCACUCAGGCUGAGCGCAAGAUUCGCAUCAUUAUGGCGGAACCCCUGGAAAAGCCAUUAACAAAAUCUCUACAGCGUGGAGAAGACCCUCAAUUUGAUCAAGUCAUCAGCUCAAUGAGCUCCCUCUCUGAGUACUGCCUGCCUUCCAUCCUGCGGACAUUAUUCGACUGGUAUAAAAGGCAAAAUGGCAUUGAGGAUGAGUCGCACGAAUACAGACCAAGAACAAGCAAUAAAUCAAAAAGUGAUGAACAACAGCGAGAUUAUUUAAUGGAAAGACGAGACCUCGCCAUUGAUUUUAUUUUUUCUUUAGUAUUAAUAGAAGUUUUGAAACAGAUUCCACUUCAUCCUGUAAUAGACAGUUUAAUACAUGAUGUUAUUAACUUGGCUUUCAAGCACUUUAAAUACAAAGAAGGGUACCUUGGUCCUAACACUGGCAAUAUGCACAUUGUGGCAGACCUGUAUGCAGAAGUCAUUGGAGUGUUGGCACAAGCUAAAUUCCCUGCUGUAAAGAAGAAAUUUAUGGCAGAGCUAAAAGAAUUACGACACAAAGAACAGAACCCAUAUGUGGUCCAAAGCAUCAUCAGCUUGAUAAUGGGGAUGAAAUUCUUUCGAAUUAAGAUGUAUCCAGUGGAGGACUUUGAGGCCUCUCUUCAGUUUAUGCAGGAAUGUGCACAUUACUUCCUCGAGGUCAAGGACAAAGACAUCAAGCACGCCUUGGCUGGACUUUUUGUUGAAAUCCUUGUCCCAGUUGCUGCUGCUGUUAAAAACGAAGUAAAUGUUCCCUGCCUUAGAAAUUUCGUGGAAAGCCUGUAUGACACCACGCUGGAACUUUCUUCUCGAAAGAAGCAUUCCUUGGCCUUGUACCCCUUGGUGACCUGUCUGCUUUGUGUCAGUCAGAAGCAACUGUUCCUCAACCGGUGGCACGUUUUCCUCAACAACUGCUUAUCCAACCUUAAAAAUAAAGACCCCAAGAUGGCUCGAGUCGCCCUGGAAUCUCUCUACAGAUUACUUUGGGUUUACAUGAUUCGAAUUAAAUGUGAAAGCAACACAGCUACUCAGAGCCGACUUAUAACCAUCAUCACCACACUUUUCCCUAAAGGGUCCCGCGUUGUGGUGCCAAGGGAUAUGCCUCUGAACAUCUUUGUGAAAAUCAUCCAGUUCAUUGCCCAGGAACGUUUAGAUUUUGCAAUGAAAGAAAUCAUUUUUGAUUUUCUUUGUGUGGGAAAACCAGCAAAAGCUUUCAGUCUCAAUCCAGAGAGAAUGAACAUUGGUUUAAGGGCCUUCUUGGUCAUAGCCGACAGCUUGCAGCAGAAAGACGGGGAACCGCCCAUGCCGGUUACAGGAGCCGUUCUCCCUUCAGGAAACACAUUGAGAGUUAAGAAAACAUAUUUGAGUAAGACGCUAACUGAAGAGGAAGCCAAAAUGAUAGGCAUGUCAUUAUAUUACUCUCAAGUACGAAAAGCUGUGGACAACAUUUUAAGGCACUUGGAUAAAGAAGUGGGAAGAUGUAUGAUGUUGACUAAUGUGCAAAUGUUAAACAAAGAACCCGAAGACAUGAUCACGGGUGAAAGAAAGCCAAAAAUAGAUCUUUUCAGGACCUGUGUUGCUGCUAUUCCUCGACUGCUUCCCGAUGGGAUGUCCAAACUUGAACUUAUUGACUUGCUGGCCAGGCUCUCGAUUCACAUGGAUGAUGAACUCCGACAUAUCGCACAAAACUCGCUCCAGGGUUUACUUGUUGACUUCUCAGACUGGAGAGAAGAUGUGCUAUUUGGCUUUACCAACUUCCUGCUUCGGGAAGUGAACGACAUGCACCACACGCUCCUUGAUUCAUCCUUGAAGCUGCUACUGCAGCUGCUCACUCAGUGGAAACUGGUCAUACAGACUCAAGGAAAAGCCUACGAGCAAGCCAACAAAAUCAGAAACUCAGAGUUAAUUCCCAAUGGCUCCAGUCACAGAAUCCAGUCGGAACGAGGUCCUCACUGCAGCGUGCUCCAUGCCGUGGAAGGGUUUGCUUUGGUUUUACUCUGCAGCUUUCAAGUGGCCACACGCAAACUCUCCGUUUUAAUACUCAAGGAAAUUCGAGCCUUAUUCAUUGCCCUGGGUCAGCCUGAGGAUGACGAUAGGCCGAUGAUUGAUGUCAUGGAUCAGCUAAGUUCUUCCAUUCUUGAAAGCUUUAUUCAUGUAGCAGUUUCAGAUUCGACAACGUUACCACUGACCCACAAUGUGGAUCUGCAGUGGUUGGUGGAAUGGAAUGCAGUCCUGGUCAAUAGCCAUUAUGAUGUGAAGAGCCCUUCCCACGUCUGGAUAUUUGCACAGUCUGUCAAAGACCCCUGGGUCCUCUGCCUCUUCAGCUUCCUUCGACAGGAGAACUUGCCCAAGCACUGUCCCGCCGCCCUCAGCUACGCCUGGCCUUAUGCCUUCACCCGGCUCCAGUCCGUGAUGCCUCUGGUGGACCCCAAUAGCCCAAUUAAUGCCAAGAAAACCAGCACUGCCGGCAGCGGAGACAACUAUGUUACCUUGUGGAGAAACUACCUUAUUCUUUGUUUUGGAGUUGCAAAACCCAGUAUUAUGAGCCCAGGACACUUAAGAGCUUCCACUCCCGAAAUAAUGGCAACCACACCUGAUGGUACAGUGAGCUACGAUAACAAGGCCAUAGGCACCCCGUCGGUGGGAGUUCUGUUAAAGCAGUUGGUGCCUUUGAUGAGACUAGAGAGCAUUGAGAUCACAGAGUCCUUAGUUUUAGGAUUUGGAAGAACAAAUUCCCUUGUUUUCAGAGAAUUGGUGGAAGAACUUCAUCCAUUAAUGAAAGAAGCUCUGGAACGAAGGCCAGAGAACAAGAAACGCCGAGAAAGGCGAGACUUGUUAAGGUUACAACUGCUUCGCAUUUUUGAACUUCUGGCCGAUGCUGGUGUAAUAAGUGACAGCACAAAUGGAGCCUUAGAACGGGAUACAUUAGCCCUGGGAGCUUUGUUCUUAGAAUAUGUGGACCUGACUCGCAUGCUCCUGGAAGCUGAAAACGACAAAGAGGUUGAAAUUCUUAAAGAUAUCCGGGCACAUUUUAGUGCAAUGGUCGCCAACUUGAUUCAGUGUGUUCCAGUUCACCAUCGAAGAUUUCUCUUCCCCCAGCAAAGCCUGAGGCACCAUCUCUUCAUCUUAUUCAGCCAGUGGGCAGGACCAUUCAGCAUAAUGUUUACUCCUCUGGAUCGAUACAGUGAUAGAAAUCAUCAGAUUACAAGAUACCAGUAUUGUGCAUUAAAGGCAAUGUCAGCAGUAUUGUGCUGUGGCCCUGUGUUUGACAAUGUAGGCCUUUCUCCUGAUGGCUACCUAUAUAAGUGGCUUGACAACAUUCUGGCUUGUCAAGAUUUACGGGUUCAUCAACUUGGCUGCGAAGUUGUUGUUUUGCUAUUGGAACUUAAUCCUGACCAAAUAAAUCUUUUUAAUUGGGCAAUUGACCGAUGCUACACAGGUUCCUACCAACUUGCAUCCGGCUGCUUCAAAGCCAUAGCAACCGUGUGUGGAAGCAGGAACUAUCCCUUCGACAUAGUGACGUUGUUAAACCUCGUUCUGUUCAAGGCCUCUGACACCAACAGAGAGAUUUAUGAAAUCUCCAUGCAGCUCAUGCAGAUUCUUGAAGCAAAGCUUUUUGUCUAUUCAAAGAAAGUCGCAGAACAAAGACCGGGCAGUAUUCUCUAUGGAACACACGGCCCGCUGCCACCACUCUACAGUGUGUCACUUGCCCUCCUGUCAAGUGAACUGGCCAGGAUGUACCCUGAGCUCACACUCCCACUCUUCUCAGAAGUGAGCCAGCGAUUUCCCACGACUCACCCCAACGGCCGUCAGAUCAUGCUCACCUACCUGCUGCCCUGGCUCCAUAACAUCGAGCUGGUGGACAGCAGGCUUCUCCUCCCGGGAUCGAGCCCCAGCAGCCCAGAGGACGAAGUCAAGGACCGAGAAGGAGAAAUAACAGCUUCUCAUGGGCUGAGAGGAAAUGGCUGGGGCUCUCCGGAAGCCACAUCACUGGUCCUGAAUAACCUCAUGUACAUGACGGCCAAGUAUGGAGACGAAGUUCCAGGACCAGAAAUGGAAAACGCUUGGAAUGCCUUGGCCAACAACGAGAAAUGGAGCAACAACCUGAGAAUCACCCUGCAGUUCCUGAUCAGCCUCUGCGGGGUGAGCAGCGACACGGUUCUCCUGCCCUACAUUAAAAAGGUGGCGAUAUACUUGUGCCGUAAUAACACCAUCCAAACCAUGGAAGAGCUUCUGUUUGAACUGCAGCAGACAGAGCCCGUGAACCCCAUUGUCCAGCACUGUGACAACCCACCCUUCUACCGCUUCACCGCCAGCAGCAAGGCCUCUGCAGCAGCCUCCGGGACCACUUCCAGCAGCAAUACAGUGGUUGCUGGCCAGGACAAUUUCCCAGAUGCUGAGGAAAGCAAGAUAUUGAAAGAAUCUGAUGAAAGGUUUAGUAAUGUCAUCAGAACCCACACUCGCCUGGAGUCAAGAUACAGCAACAGCUCUGGAGGAUCUUAUGAUGAAGAUAAGAAUGAUCCGAUUUCCCCCUACACGGGCUGGUUGCUGACUAUCACAGAGACCAAGCAGCCGCAGCCCUUACCAAUGCCUUGCACUGGAGGAUGCUGGGCCCCCCUGGUUGACUAUCUCCCAGAGACCAUCACGCCCCGGGGGCCACUCCAUAGGUGCAAUAUUGCUGUAAUUUUUAUGACUGAGAUGGUGGUGGAUCAUAGUGUGAGAGAAGACUGGGCGCUUCAUCUACCUUUGCUACUUCAUGCUGUCUUCUUAGGUUUGGACCAUUACCGGCCUGAAGUCUUUGAACACAGCAAAAAAUUGCUUCUUCACCUCUUGAUCGCCCUCUCUUGCAACAGCAAUUUUCAUUCCAUUGCUUCUGUGCUCCUGCAGACUCGAGAGAUGGGUGAAGCUAAGACUCUAACCAUUCAGCCAGCUUACCAACCUGAAUAUCUCUAUACAGGUGGCUUCGACUUCUUGAGAGAGGACCAGUCGUCCCCGGUGCCGGACUCGGGGCUGAGCUCCAGUUCGACCUCCUCCAGCAUCAGUCUGGGAGGCAGCAGUGGGAACCUCCCGCAGAUGACCCAGGAGGUCGAAGACGUGGACGCAGCUGCCGAAACAGAUGAGAAGGCGAACAAGCUCAUUGAGUUUCUGACGACCAGGGCAUUCGGUCCACUUUGGUGCCACGAAGACAUCACACCAAAAAAUCAAAACUCUAAGAGUGCUGAACAGCUCACUAACUUUCUACGUCACGUUGUAUCUGUAUUUAAAGAUUCCAAAUCAGGAUUCCAUCUGGAGCACCACUUGAGUGAAGUUGCAUUGCAGACAGCCCUUGCUAGUUCAUCAAGGCAUUAUGCCGGUCGAUCCUUCCAGAUAUUCCGGGCCCUCAAGCAACCUCUGUCAGCACACGCCUUGUCUGACCUUCUGUCAAGAUUGGUAGAGGUGAUCGGAGAACACGGAGAUGAGGUUCAGGGAUAUGUGAUGGAAGCACUCCUUACCUUGGAAGCUGCUGUAGACAACUUGUCCGACUGCUUGAAGAACAGUGAUCUCUUAACUGUAUUAUCCCGCUCUUCAUCCCCUGAUUUAAGCUCCAGCACUAAACUAACAGCAAGCAGGAAAAGCACUGGACAACUAAACGUGAACCCUGGAACUGCCAGUGGCAAUACCACGACUGCAGAACGGAGCCGGCAUCAAAGAAGUUUCUCUGUGCCCAAGAAGUUUGGUGUUGUAGACCGAUCCUCUGACCCACCUCGAAGUGCCACACUGGACAGGAUUCAGGCUUGUACCCAACAAGGCCUCUCCUCAAAAACCAGAAGCUCGUCUUCCUUGAAAGACAGUCUCACGGACCCAUCCCAUAUAAACCAUCCCACCAACCUGCUGGCCACCAUCUUCUGGGUCACAGUGGCCCUGAUGGAGUCUGAUUUUGAGUUUGAAUACCUCAUGGCCCUACGGCUGUUGAGUAGACUACUGGCGCACAUGCCACUUGAUAAAGCUGAGAACCGAGAAAAGCUUGAGAAACUCCAGGCACAACUCAAGUGGGCCGACUUCUCUGGACUGCAGCAGCUGCUGCUGAAAGGAUUCACGUCCCUUACCACCACAGACCUCACCCUCCAGCUUUUCAGUUUGCUGACGCCAGUGUCCAAAAUAUCCAUGGUGGAUGCAUCGCAAGCUAUCGGGUUUCCACUGAACAUCUUGUGUCUGCUGCCCCAGCUGAUUCAGCACUUUGAAAAUCCCAAUCAGUUCUGUAAGGAUGUAGCCGAAAGGAUUGCUCAGGUUUGUUUGGAAGAGAAGAAUCCCAAACUUUCAAACCUUGCACACGUCAUGACUCUUUAUAAAACGCACAGCUAUACCAGGGACUGCGCCACGUGGGUCAAUGUAGUCUGUCGAUAUCUUCAUGAAGCGUAUGCUGACAUUACCUUGAACAUGGUGACCUACCUGGCAGAGCUGCUGGAGAAGGGUCUCCCUAGCGUGCAGCAACCUUUACUGCAGGUGAUCUACAGUUUACUCAGCUACAUGGACCUUUCCGGUGUUCCUGUCAAACAGUUUAACAUGGAAGUUCUGAAGACCAUUGAAAAAUACGUGCAGAGUGUUCACUGGAGGGAAGCCCUGAACAUCCUGAAGCUGGUAGUUUCUCGAUCUGCCAGCCUUGUUUUGCCUUCUUACCAGCACAGUGACCUCUCAAAGAUAGAAAUCCAUCGAGUCUGGACCAGUGCGUCUAAGGAAUUACCUGGGAAAACUCUGGACUUUCACUUUGACAUUUCAGAGACGCCAAUCAUCGGAAGGCGGUAUGAUGAGCUGCAGAAUUCUUCUGGGCGCGAUGGGAAACCCAGGGCCAUGGCUGUCACCCGGAGCACAUCCUCCACUUCUUCAGGCUCCAACUCCAAUGUCCUUGUUCCCGUGAGCUGGAAAAGGCCCCAGUAUUCUCAGAAGAGGACAAAAGAAAAGUUGGUUCACGUCCUCUCUCUCUGUGGUCAAGAAGUGGGAUUAAGCAAAAAUCCAUCAGUGAUUUUUUCGUCAUGUGGCGAUCUGGAUGUGCUUGAGCACCAGACGAGCUUGGUGUCUUCCGAGGACGGCGCCCGAGAACAAGAAAACAUGGAUGAUACCAACAGUGAACAGCAAUUCAGAGUCUUCAGAGACUUCGACUUCCUCGAUGUAGAGCUGGAGGAUGGAGAGGAACUUCAGGGUGAGAGCAUGGACAAUUUCAACUGGGGAGUACGUAGACGUUCUCUGGACAGCCUGGACAAGUGUGACAUGCAGAUUCUGGAGGAGCGCCAGCUUUCAGGAAGCUCUCCCAGCCUCAAUAAAAUGAACCAUGAGGACUCUGAUGAGUCAUCCGAGGAGGAGGACCUCACAGCCAGCCAGAUCCUGGAGCACUCGGACCUAAUCAUGACGCUCUCUCCAUCUGAGGAGGCCAAUUCCAUGGAGCUGCUCGCCACGGCCUGUGACUCCACCCCUGCCGACCCUCAUUCCUUUAACACCAGAAUGGCUAGCUUUGAUGCAUCUUUGCCUGAUAUGAACAAUCUGCAGAUUUCUGAGGGUUCAAAGGUGGAAGCUGUCCGGGAGGAAGAAGACACCACUGUGCAUGAGGAUGAUCUUUCUAGUUCCAUCAAUGAACUCCCAGUAGCCUUUGAAUGCAGCGACAGCUUUAGCCUGGAUAUGACCGAGGGGGAGGAAAAAGGCAAUCGUGGCCUGGACCAGUUUACUCUCGCAAGCUUUGGAGAAGGUGACAGGGGCGUCUCUCCCCCUCCCUCGCCCUUCUUCUCCGCCAUCCUUGCCGCUUUCCAGCCUGCAGCCUGCGAUGACGCGGAGGAGGCCUGGCGCAGCCACAUCAACCAGCUCAUGUGCGACUCGGAUGGCUCUUGUGCUGUGUACACAUUUCACGUGUUCUCCUCUUUGUUCAAGAAUAUUCAGAAAAGAUUCUGCUUCCUAACCUGUGAUGCAGCCAGUUAUCUGGGAGAUAACCUCCGGGGAAUCGGAUCCAAAUUUGUCAGCUCUUCCCAGAUGCUCACCUCCUGUUCCGAAUGCCCUACACUUUUCGUGGAUGCUGAGACACUCCUCUCUUGUGGACUUUUGGACAAGCUCAAGUUUAGUGUUCUAGAACUACAAGAGUAUCUGGAUACCUACAACAAUAGAAAAGAGGCCACUCUCUCAGUAAGUUUUUGUGUUUCUGUGCAUGUGCAUUCAGUUAAAACUUAG